GGCACUCAAUUACACGGCGCGCUGACUCGAACGUAGGCCACAUCAAUAGCUAUAAUUUCAAGCAUAAUUAAUUCAAUAUUUGCAAAUGAAAUAUUUUUAAACCUUGUAAAAUUGCUUUGCACUGAGGUCAUGUGAUCAAUGUAGACCAAUCAGAAGCUGCAAAAUUUCAAAGGAUUUUUCUUCACUGUAACCCGUUGGAGUAGCUGUAGCCAUUGCUGAUGUGUGAAUGUACGAUCGUUAUUCUUUAGAUCCAAUUUAAUCAUGGAUACAGAAAAUCAUCCACGUUUUCAAGAAAGCAAGAAUUUAUCUUCAAAAUACAGUGCACGGUACAGAUAAAAUAUUUUCUUUCUUCGUGCAUCCAUUGUAGGGUUCCAUAAUUCCUAGUGAGUGGGUUCCCUGUGGUAGAGAAGACGGCCAUAAUAUCAAGGAAAAGCCUUGACAGAGGCGUAGUGUAGUGUAAUAACUAAAUUUCAUGUUGAAAUAAAUCUCCUCCAGCCAGAUAUUGAUACCAAAAUGCAUAGUGACAUCAAGGAUGAGUAACCUGAAACUUUUCAGUAGAUGCCAAACUCAGCUGAUUAUGAGUGUUUGGCAUAUUCAGGUAGUUUGGCACCAUCAUUCUCAAGAUUAACACCAUUUUAUGUGUGUAACAGGCAGGUGGAAGCCAGAAAUGCAGCAGGUUGAAACAAUAUCCCAGAAUAAUACAGUCGUAGCGGCCGCUACUCCAAUAAGCAGCCGCGCGCCGUCUGCUCCAGGCGGUCGCGUCAAAGCUAAACAACAAAAAGGGCCUCAAAAGGACCCUGGCACCAAACAAGACGCGAAAGAAUCGACUGUUCGGGAUGAGCCGCGGUUGGAUCCCAUCAAUGGUGUUGUUCAGCCGCCUGUCAUUCCACCGCCAGACCGUCCGGGUCGGGUCACCAACCAGCUUGUGUUCCUGCAGAAGAAUGUGCUCAAGGCUGUCUGGAAACAUCAGUUCGCCUGGCCGUUUCACCAACCUGUCGAUGCCAAGAAACUCAACCUCCCCGACUACCAUAAGAUCAUCACACAGCCCAUGGACCUUGGUACAAUCAAGAAGCGCUUGGAGCACAACUACUACUCGAGUGCUAAGGAAUGUAUUCAGGACUUCAACACAAUGUUUACCAACUGCUAUGUGUACAACAAGCCUGGGGAGGAUGUAGUUGUAAUGGCCCAAACUUUAGAAAAAUUGUUCCUUACAAAGGUUGCACAAAUGACCAAGGAGGAGGUUGAGCUGGACCCGCCUCCUCCGAAGGGUCCGAAGGGGAAGAAAGGGCGCAGUAUCGUGGGCGGAGGGGGCGGGCGCGGACGCCCCUCGAGCGCUGCUGGGGCCGUGACGUCGAGCGUGCCCAACUCUGUGGCCGUGGUGCAGUCUCCCCCCUCCACCACGGUGGUGACGAACGCAACAGGGGGGUCCGGUCCCCUGCCCCUCGGCACCCAGCCCCCUGCAACUGUUCCUGGCAGCACGGCCACCACCACUGUCCCCACUGCAGUCGCGCAGCUUUCCCACGGGACUCACAACUCCUUACCCAAGCAGGUGGCUGCUCCGACUGGGAGUUACCAUGCACAGCCAACCAUCUUGUCCCAGCCCGUGGAAGGCCAGGCGACUACAACAACCACAGGAUUGGUACACAGUCAAACAGCCCCGCCUCCCGUCAUACCACCUCCUCCACAGCCUGCGAAGUCAAAAAAAGGUGUCAAAAGAAAGGCGGAUACUACCACGCCAUCGAGCAAUGCUUUCGAUCCUUUAUUUCCACCACAUGAAUCCAAAACGGCUAAGAUCUCAACCCGGAGAGAGAGCGGAAGGCAAAUAAAAAAAAUAACCAAACAAAUACAGAGUUUUCAGCAGGCCCCAAGGCAAGCUGAGGAUGCCUUACAAUUCCACCAAGGAGGUCAUUCGGUGAUGUCCAGUGGACUUGGUGGCCAGGCCCAACAUAGUGCUGCCAAGACAAAGGACAAGCUAAAUGGCUCGUUAAAGGCUUGCAAUGAGAUUCUGAAGGAGUUGUUCUCAAAAAAACAUUCGGGAUAUGCGUGGCCUUUUUACAAGCCAGUAGAUGCAGAACUUCUGGGACUGCAUGAUUACCAUGACAUUAUUAAAAAGCCAAUGGACUUGGGGACUGUCAAGCAAAAAAUGGAUUCCAGAGAAUACAAGUCUGCUGGCGAGUUUGCAGCAGAUGUGAGGUUGAUAUUCACAAAUUGCUACAAGUACAAUCCUCCUGACCAUGAUGUGGUAGCGAUGGCUAGGAAGUUGCAGGAUGUGUUCGAGAUGAGGUACGCCAAGAUUCCUGAUGAGCCCCUGACUGGAGUGAUAAGUUUGGAGAAGUCCUCAUCUGGAUCAUCUGCAAGCGAUUCUAGCUCGGAGUCCUCUUCGGAGUCGGAAGAUUCGGAAUCUGAGAGAGUGCGGAAGUUGGCAUUGCUCCAGGAACAAUUGAAAAUAAUGCAGGAUGAAAUGCGAAAGCUAGUUGAGGAGAGCACUGGGAAAAGGGGGAAGAAAAAGAAAGAAGAGAAAGAGAAGAAGAAAAAGAAACCAGAGAAGCACAGUGCUGGUGGUAGUACGGGUGGGGGUGUGGGUGUAAAGGACGCACGCACUUCACUAGUGAAUGACACUGUGGGUGCAAGCAUUGCGAGUGUGGCCCUCGGGGCAGGGGACGUGAAAAUGCCGACUGACCUUCAUCACAGUGGUAGUAGUGGUAAGCCCGCAGCGGGCCAUCAUGCGACCAACAUGACCUCUGCCGCUUCGACCAUUCUACCUGCGCCCGCCAAGACUGCAAAGAGCAAAGCGACGCGAGGCGCGGGCAGGGCGACGGGUGCUAACGCGCAACAAAAACGGCCUAAACCCAACCCUCGUUCCGUCGCUGGCAAGAAGAAAAAUGCCGCCGUACCUCCUCCUAUUGCUUUCGACUCUGAGGACGAGGACAAUGCUAAACCCAUGUCCUAUGAUGAGAAGAGGCAACUCAGUCUCGAUAUUAAUAAGCUGCCAGGUGAUAAACUCGGGAGAGUGGUCCAUAUUAUCCAGUCUCGAGAGCCAUCACUCAGAGACUCAAAUCCAGAUGAGAUAGAGAUAGACUUUGAAACAUUGAAGCCCUCGACGCUACGGGAGUUGGAGUCGUAUGUUGCUUCCUGCCUAAGGAAAAAGCCACGUAAGCCAUACUACAAGAAAGUGUCCGGAAAAUCUAAAGAUGAACAAAUGGCAGAGAAAAAGCAGGAAUUGGAAAAAAGGCUGCAAGAUGUGUCAGGGCAGCUAGCAGUUAAAAAACCUACAAAAAAGGAGGAUAGUAAGUCGGUGGAUGUGGUGGAGAGGAGUUCGCGGCUUUCAGCCUCCAGCUCCAGCAGCUCUGACUCUGACUCCAGUAGUUCCAGCCUGUCCAGCAGUUCAUCUGACUCCAGCGACUCUGAAGCAGGGCGAACAGGGAAACCGAGGAAAAAAGCUAAGAGGAAUAACCAAACAAAAUCGUCUGUGGCGACAACCACAGCAAGUGCCACGACAGGGCAGGUAUCAUCUUUAGGGAUGUCCUCUGCUCAGAUGAACAACGCUCAUUCUUCUGCGCGCAAGUCCACCCCUGCUACCCCAGCACAGCUCAAGCAGACGCCUGCAGACACAGCUAGCAAGCCGGUCCCAGCGGCAACUCAUUCCCUCCCUCCCCAGCCUCCGAGAGUGACGUCAGCAGCACCAGUUCCUUCAGUUACGACGACCGCAACAUCUGCAGCAAAGAAAUCAGCCGCUCAGACUGCAGUGCCAGCAAUACAGAAAUCGACCAUUCCUACCUCAGAAACAGGUUUUGACCAACAUGUGACGGGACCGAAAGUUGAGGUGCCGCCGGUGGCUCCUAGUGCCCCCGCGCCUCUUCCCGUGGCACCCGCCUUGCCGCCGGCUCCCAUCACGUCUCCUCCGGCCCCUCCGGUGCUCAUCACCCCGCCUCCUGCCGCCAUGGCCCCGGUCACGACGGCUCCCAGCGUCAUCAACCAGCCCAUCACCAUGCACCCCGGCUUUGACAUGGCGAUGGAGGUGUCGCCCGGCUUGCAGCAUUCCAACAGCAACGGUUUCUCCCUGCCGGCCAUGAAGAUGGAUACCAGCCCGCCGCUCGGAGUGUACGCCACCAACGGCAUGCCUUCCAUAUUCGACCCCCUGCCCGCCUCCAGCCAGAUCCCCAUCAAGAGGGAAGACAAAGUCUUGCAGCCUCUUGAUAUGAUUAAGCCAGAUGGUUUGCUGAACAACUCUGUUUCGACAGACAAGAAGGUGUCUGCAAACGACCUAGCAAAAAAUUCUUCAAAUUUCACUUCCUCUUCCUUCAAGUCAAAGCAGUUGCCACCUGUUGAGCCAAACAUCAAGAAUGCCAGCUCGUGGUCGUCUCUGGGCCAGGCAUCUUCUCCCCAUAACUCGUCUGUGUCGACAUCUGCAAACCUCAAGUCAUCGGCCAUGGAUAGCUUUCAAGCAUUCAAGAAGCAGGCUAAAGAGAAAAUGGACAGGCAAAAAGCUCUUAUUGAGCAACAAGAGUUGAGACGUCAUAUGAAAGAACAACAAGAGCGGGAACGAAUAAGGUUGGAGAAUGAGAGGCGUAGAGAGAAAGAGGAAGAGGAUGCACUGGAGAAAGCUAGGAAAACUGUCCAAGGGCAACAGCAGCAACACCAACAGCAGCACCAACAGCAACAGCAACAACAACAACAGCAGCAGCAGCAGCAGCAGCAGCAGCAACAACAGCAGCAGCUGGCAUCUCGUCAGGAGGAAGUGAAAGCAGCUAGCCAAGAAGGCAGUUCUAGUCCAGCAGCUUCGCAGCAAGUGGACAAAGCAGCUGCUGAAAGAGAGAGGCAGAGGUUACGAGAACAGGAACGGCGAAGACGAGAAGCAAUGGCAGGUCAGAUUGACAUGAACAUGCAGAGUGACUUAAUGGCAGCAUUUGAAGAGUCGUUAUAAUGAUGGCAAGAACUUUUAAUUCAUUUUUUCAAAGACAACAUCAUUACCAAAGGCACAGUUUGAUUACUUAAUGAAGGAGAAAGAAAAACUAUUGUGAUGGCUGUUCAAGUGGGUGUGUGACUUUAGUGAAUAUUUUGUACAUACAAAGAGAAAAAACAGUUGCAAUUAGUUUCUAAUUUAUUAUGUUGUUAGACUUUGAGAUUUUCAAUCUCAAAAUGUGUUUGUGAUAAUUGUAAAAAGGAAAGGAUAAAGAUAACAUAUUCUUCCUUUUAUACAUAACAAUACUAUUAUCUUGUUUUGUUUCUUAUUUUUGUAAAUAUUUUAUUUGUGUAAAUUACUUAAGCUCUGUAUGCAUUUUCUGUUGCUUUGACGAACUCAUCUGUUUGGUUUAAAAUUAUUGGUUAAUGCUUUACAAAAGUUAUCAUUUUUGUACUAUUAAUGAAAUAGAAAUAUUUGAUAUGUUCGUGGGGGGGAAAAUUCAAUGUUUCUUUGAAUUGUUCAGAUGUUAUGCAGUUUUGGAGAUGAAAAUUCUGUAAAAAAAAAAAAAUGUAAAUAGUUUUCCCAUGUGUUAAUGUGAAAUUAAUGUGCACAAGUAAUGGGAAAAAUUUUAUGAUGUUAAAUUACUUUUUGAAAGAAAAAAAAGCUUAAAUGCUUAAUAAAUAGUUUCCUACUCCCCUUUCUCUCCUUUGCCUUAUUUUUUCCCCCUUCAGUUACCUUUUCUCUUCACUAGAGAUGUUCUGUUGAUAUGUUAGUUGGCAUGUGUUGUUUACAAAUAUGUUGCACGUAACUCACAUAAUGACUAUUGUGCCUCGUCAAACUGAUGCUGAAAUCAUGUGUAAGUUUCUUAUACCGCUUGGAGAAUUUUUGACAGAGUUAACAGUUUUCGUGGUUCUGCAGGGGAAAAACUCUUUACGAAGAUAUGUGCGUCUGCAAAUUUUUUUUUUUGGAAUUUAUUUCUUGUGUAUUUAUUUUGAAAUGUAACAUGCAACUGAGCAGAGCAAAAUGCUAAAUAUCUGUAAAAAUUAUCAUUGUUAAAAAAAAAAUAAAACUUUAUAAGAAAUUAUUAUUGUGAUAUAUUGACGUUCGUGUUUCAUAGCUUGCAUGUGCUGUGUUAAGAAUUGUACAUAUGUGUGGGACAAUGUGAAUGGUUAAAUUAGAAUUGUCUCAUCUUGAUUAUUACCUAUAUUAGCAACCUGAAAAUUUAAUGGGGAGGGAUGGGGGAAAGUUUUCACUUCAUUGUAAAUAAUUGAUGCUAAAAGUCUUUUAUUUUUGUGUGUCAUUUUGUUUAUUUCUGCAUAAUUUACUUUUGUUCAUUUAUUUUUGGAAUCACUGCUGUUCCCAUUGUCUCAUGUGUAUAAUCGUGAUCCUUUCUAUCUAGGUAGAUUAAAUUGUAAAAGAAAAAAUAACUACAAAUCAAAUGCAUGUACAGUUGUUGUAUCUAUUUUUAUAUUGAUGACAUUUAUUGUAUAGGCUUUGACUUUUUUUACAAUUUUUGUUACGUCUUGCAUCAUAUCGUUAGAUUUUAAUUGCUCCAUUUUGCUUGGUUAUUUUUUUGUCAGGUCAUGUAUUUGUUGUAUGAUUGUUUCUCAGAACAAUAUAAUUACAUUUUUUUUUCCCAAACAUCUGUGUAAAAUGUCUGGUAAGUUUUUUUUUUAAGACUAAAAGAUAGACUUUUACUAUAGUUUGAGACUGCUGUAAAUCUGACGAAUGAUUUACUUUUUCCUCAUUUAAAAGUUUGAUUGAGCAUUUGUACGUAAUCACUUUUCUGAAAUUAAAUGAAGUUAUUGACAUUCAGUGGCUAGUCUCUAUGUGACAUAUUGCGUGCAAUAAAUGUUGUUUUUUUAUUAUUAUUAUUUAAAAAACCAUCCUUUUUCUGUAUGUCAUGCAAUUUUUCUCCAGCAAUAACAGUUUAUGUUAGAAAAAAUUUCCAUAACUAGGCUGUAGAAUUACAAGCAUUGUCGUUUUUGAGUUGUUUUUUUUUUUUAAGUAAAUUUUUUAAACAAGUAGUUAGAAGCCAGUAAUAAAUUUUAUAGAUUUUAUAGCACUGGUAUAUAUUGUAGCUCUGAGUGGUAAAUCUACUCAGUCAUAAUUUUUGUGUCUAAAAGUGGUACCGAAGAUACUAGUUUAUAUAUAUGAACAAAAUUAACAGUGUGAAAUAAGAGUUGUGUUAAAUGCUACAUGGUCCUGACUGUACAAUUUAAUGUCAGUGUUUGGCUUCUCUGCUAGUUGCUGUUCAUAUCAGUUGUAAUUAGCAUCUGUAAAGUAAUUUCAUUAUUUUCUUCUAAGUAAUAACACAGUAAGAGUAUUGCCAUAUUUGCUUACAUAGUUUCUGCACAUUUCAUACACUUAAUUAUUUUGCGUAUGACUAUAGGAUCUGACCAUUGUUUUCUCUUCCAACAAGUACCUGAAAAAUUGCAUUGAAUAUUACCAUUUUAAUUGGAGAAAUGAAAAGAAGUUCUGAAACAUGUGUUCACUUAAAUGUCUCGUCGAUACAAAUCACCAGGAAAGUUCACGGUUCACGUAGUUCAGGUACCCUUGCCAUUCAGAACAUUUAUGGCAUGCAUCAUCUGUGAUCUGCGGGUUGAAUCUGAAAUAAUAUUUUGGUUUACAGAGAAAUUACUGCUGCAAUAUUAGCCAUGAAAAUGGACGGACAUUUUGUAAACAGAUAUGGUGGUAGAUUAGUCGCAAUGAUUGAAAUAGCAUAUUUGUGGGAAGAUUUUAAAAUCAUUUAAAAAUAAAAUUUCAGUGGUUGUAUUGUGAAAAGAGGUUAUUAAGCACUGCAGUUUGGUUUGAAUGUAUUUCUGGCAAUUUUUUUUGUGUCUAUUGACUUGCAUGAUCUUGAUGGAUGAUGGUCAGUAUUAUUGACAUGACGCGAAUCUGCUGCGUCUCAAGGCGACCUUAUCGCAACAGGACAGUUCUUGAUAAACAACAGACCAAUAGAAUUUUGUGUGAGAUGUCAUGCUAUUAAUAAUCAACUUGCAAUAAACCUUUAAUGUUAAAACUU